AUUUUAUCAGAGAUAAACGCUAGCCAUUUAGAACUCUUCUAAAACUCUUUUUCUAGCCAAUUCAACAAAUCUGUCUUCUUUGGAUUCAUGUAUGUCUCUCCCAUUCCUCCUAACCCCAAUAUUCUGAUUGAAAGACCUUUAGCAUGAAUUCGGAUUCAAUCCAUUGAUAAUUAAUUAUAUAACUACUUCUUCUUCUUUUCAUUAACAAUCUCUGAAUGUCGUUUUCGAAAUUCGAAUUAUCACAUACAAGUUUUUUUUAUUAUCUUUUAUUAUUCUUCCAAGAAUGAUUUCGAAUCCGAAUUUGAUAUUGUACAAUUAUAUUUCCAAGGGAGCUACGAUUCUCGCCGAAUUCAAUUCCCAGGACGCUUCUCUCGCAACCCUAGCUUCCAAAUGCCUCGACAACGCCUCUCCUCUUCACACCACCUUCUCUCACACGAUUUGGAAGAGAACUCACACCUUGAUCCACCAUCCUUUUCUCUAUUUCACAAUCUACGAUCAAAAUCUCCAUAAUUCCAAAGCUCUCUGUUUCCUCACGAAUGCGAAACAAUCAUUUGACAAGAUAAUCUCAGGCGAGACAGCCAAGUCUCUGGAGAAUUUGAAUUCUCAUCGUUUUCAAGGCGAAUUCAAUCCCAUCUUGGCGCCGCAAUUGGACAGUGGAAGUUUGGAUAGGCUGAAGAGCUUGAAGAAGAAGAAGAAAAAGAAGAAGAAGAAGAGGUCUAGUGUUGAGACGAUCGGCCAAGGCAAAGACAAAGACAAAGAUAAAGAUAAAGAUAGAGAUGGAUUGGUGGAAAACAAGGUGGAUGUGUCGGAGGAUGUAAUUGUAAUGAGCAGAGAACUCUCAUACAUGUCGAUGCAAAAGAAUGGAUUGUUUGUGGAUGCAAAGGCGAAGAGGAUUUGGAAGAGGCAGGCUUGGGUAGUGUUGUCUCUGGUGGGUUUGCAGGGGAUUUAAAUGCAUUGAAGGUUGAUUCAAUUGCUUUGUCUUCUCUCACAGGGCAGUGGUGGUGGUGGCAGCAGCGGCGGCAGCAAUGGUAGUGGCUAUGGUGCCAAUGGGCAAUGGUGGGGGUAGUGCGGGGAUAGUGAUUGCGGUGAUGGUGGUGGGGCGAUGUAGUAGAGGUAGAAGAAAGGUGGUGGUGGUAGUAUGGUGGAGGCAAGCAUUUGUGUAGUAAUUAUGGUGGUGAAAUGAUGGUAUUGGAGAGGUAGUGGCAGUGGCAACAACUGUAGUCAAAUUUUUCUGAAGGUUAACCAAGAAGACCAACAGUAGGAUCACUGGCUUCAUGCUGAGCCUCCAAUUGUUGCUGCCUAGAAGGCUUUCUCCUGUUUUUCCUAGGGAUUUCCUCAUCAUCUUCACAUGAGUCAGCCAGACAGGCCUCACAAGAGCAGGCAUUAAAGAAACUAUGGUCAUCUUGAUUAGACACAUGUAUAGGAGAGCCCUGGGAUGAAAAGGAAUGGACAGGAACACCUUCGAACAUGUUGAUUUUGGGGUUGAAAAUCAUUGGUGCCGAAGAUUGGAACAUUGCCCUUAGGAAAGGUGAUUUCCAUAGAUCCAUGGGGAAGAGUAACAUAAUGAGGCCACAAUAAAUUGGCAAUCUCAAAAUGCAGUUGCUCAUAACAAAGUACUCCGUUGCAUUUUGGUAUUUGGAGUGGGAAUUUUCCAGGCAUGGCAAGUGUUAUCUUGAGUAACAAAUUCAACACACAGGGAAUUCUUCUUCAUUCUAUUGUGGGGAAUGUAAGAACAUAAAGCACUCAACAGGAGGUGGAAGAGGAGUUGAAGUGGAAGGUGGUGGUAAGGGUUUACAUGAACUAGGGGAAGGAAUUUGGAAAUUUGGUCUACCAUGUUAGUAUCCUGGUGGCGGUGAAAUUAUAAUGGUGCACCUUAAUAUGUAUUAAAAAAAAAUUAUAAAUUUAGUUAGUAUUAUGUAAGAAUAUUGCUGUUUAAAAUUUUCUCUAACUUUUGAUUUACAUUUUAAGAAUCACUUAAACUUUUGAGUGAUACAAAUUGUGAUUAUCAAACCGAUUUAAUUGAUUUUCAUGUAGGCUCAAUUUGUUUGUGAUGAAAAAGGUAGAAAGU